CUGCGCAUUUCUUGCGAGACCCGCCUCCUCCGUACCAAGGCGGUGUCUGAGCCGCUGAGAGCCGAGGACCAUCCAAGACGCGGCGGGACCGAGAACACGCGGACACCGAGGGCCGGGACAGCACGGACCAUGGCGCUGAAGCGGAUUAAUAAGGAACUUAGUGAUUUGGCCCGUGACCCUCCAGCACAAUGUUUUGCAGGCCCAGUUGGGGAUGAUAUGUUUCAUUGGCAAGCCACAAUUAUGGGACCUAAUGACAGCCCAUAUCAAGGCGGUGUAUUCUUUUUGACAAUUCAUUUUCCUACAGACUACCCCUUCAAACCACCUAAGGUUGCAUUUACAACAAGAAUUUAUCAUCCAAAUAUUAACAGUAAUGGCAGCAUUUGUCUCGAUAUUCUAAGAUCACAGUGGUCUCCUGCUUUAACUAUUUCUAAAGUUCUUUUAUCCAUUUGUUCACUGCUAGGUGAUCCAAACCCAGAUGACCCCUUAGUGCCAAAGAUUGCACGGAUCUAUAAAACAGACAGAGACAAGUACAACAGAAUAUCUCGAGAAUGGACUCAGAAGUAUGCCAUGUGAUGCUACCUUAAAAUCAGAAUAACCUGCGUUAUAGCUGGAAUAAACUUUAAAUUACUGCU